AUAUAUUUGUUACUAUAAGGCAGAGGACCCGCCGAUCGACGUGGCACUGAUGGUUUAUUAUGUUCUAUGUGCAUAACUUAUAACUGAUAAUAGUAUUUUUCUUGUUUAUUAUCAUCGUAAUUAUCCGCACUGGGGUGUUUCAUGUUUAAAUUCAUAAAUAAAUUUUCAAUUAUUUUAAAAUGGACCGGGAUAGGAGGACUCUUUUUGUCGGAAAUUUGAGCGAACAUGCGACCGAAGAUAUCCUGCAUGAGUUGUUUUUACAAGCUGGUCCAGUACAGGAAGUGUCAAUCCCCCAGAUCAACGGAAAACCAAGGGCUUUCGGAUUUGUUGUUUUUAAGCAUGCGUGCUCAGUGCCAUACGCAAUUGCUUUAAUGAACAAUAUAUCACUUUAUGGACGUAUGUUAACAAUAAGGACAAAAAAAGGCACACUUGUUGGGCCUUAUACUCCUCAGCCAAUUUUGAUUGGAUAUAUUAAUGUAAACAGGUUUGCACCACCUCAAAAUAAGUAUGAUGACACUCUGAGAGGUAUGAAUUGUUUUAAAAGAUCUUACGGCCAACAUAUGAAACCGUACUCUCGACUAAAUAGACAUCCGGACAAGCAUCAAAAUCAAUUUCAGCAUAGCACACCUGAACUUUCAGAGAGGUUAGACAAAAGAUCAUCUAAUCAAGAUCAUAAUUAUGAACUUAACGGAGAAUUCCACCAUGAAAAGAAACGGCUCAAUAAUCACUCUCACAAACGUCAUGCAGAUCAAAAACAUUUGCGGCCCAAACACCUAAGAUUUAACGAUGAUGUAACAAGACAUAACAAUCGUAAAGGAAAUUCUUCGACAGUUAUUUAUGAAGAUCCUUUCUUCAUGAAACCUUACAACUUUUAACAAAAAAUAUGGGGAAAGUUUCUGUUAUAGCUGAUCUUUAUACAUGGCAAAAAUGUAAAUACAGUGAAGGACAAACAUGUACUAAAAAUUUAGUUGGUAUAAAGUGUGUUGUCUUUACAUUAAUUAUUUUCAAAACUAAUGUGCAUAUUUUAACAUCAAACUGUUGACAACUUUUUUUAAUGUGAUUAACACAUUACAUUAUUCUUUUUAUCAUGAAACCUUAGAACUUUAAAUAAAAAAUAGGGGUAAAGUUUCUUUUAAAUCUGAUCUUUACAUAUGGAAAAAAAUUAUGCAAAUACAACGAAGGACAAUCAUGUACUAAAAAUUUAGUUGAUAUAAAGUGCAUUGUCUUUACAUUAAAUAUUUUGAGGUUGAUAACUUAAAACACAAACUAAUUUGCAUGUUAUAACAUCAAACUAUUAGCAACUUUUGUUAAUGUGAUUAACACAUUACAUUAUUAAUAAUAAUUAUGUGAUCUUUCUUUUGACCUACAAAAAACAUAAAGAUGAUGGAGUACAUUCAUUUUUGAUAUUUUUUCUCUCUUUUUUUAAACGUUUAACAUUUAUUGACAUUAAGUACAUUUUUAAAAUCACUGCUGUGUAUACGAAUUACUUAUAUAACUGUUUAGAUUGAAAUGAAUUUGAAUGUUAUUUUAUAUACUUCGCAUUUAAUUAUUUUCUUGGUUUUUCAAGAAAUUACUUGUAGGAGAGAUUAUUUACAUGAUCACAUAGUACAAAUUAAUUAAUUGCUUCAUUAUUCUUUUGUUUAUUAAUAUAUUCAAAUGUUAGAAUACUGGGUUUUCAUUGCAAAUUUUCUUAAUUAUAUUUUAUUAGAUAACAUUGUUUUAUAUUAUGAUUUAAUAGGGAACAUAUUUCAGAUAUUAUGUUGACUUAAAAUGACAAUAUUUGACCUUAUUUGCUGUGUGACUCAAAAUAAAAACAUUGGACAUUGGUUUUAGCUGAUGUUAGAGCAGGUCUUUUAAUGAUGUUUAUACAGUCAAAAAAGACAAGUAAUUGUUGUUUGUAAAAUUAAGUAUUAUCAAUUGAAAUUUCCAAGAUAUUUACUUAUUUUAAAAAAAUAUGAACAAUUUAUGGAAAAUUGAAUUAUAUGUUUAUUUCAUUUGAGGUGGGUUAUAAUUUUUAUUAACCUACAACUUUUGAUUGUACAUAAAGAAUCUAUUUGUAUAAACUGUUGCCAGUUUUUAUUGGUAAAUGUUAA